UAGAAACAAUCAUGAAAAUAUUUUCAUUCCUCAUCGUCAUCGGAGUACUUUCCGCCGGAAUACUCCAAAUCGCCGCCCAGAACUGCGGCUGUAGUCCAGACUUGUGUUGUAGCAGGUUCGGUUAUUGUGGCAGCGACGACGCAUACUGUGGCGCCGGGUGCCAGGAAGGGCCGUGUUUCGGACCUCCUCCGACGAAUAACGUAUCGGUUGGUAGCAUCGUGACAGAUGAGUUCUUCAAUGCAAUCGUGGAGCAAUCGGACGGUGGUUGUGAAGGGAGAGGGUUUUACUCACGCGCCGCCUUCCUUGAUGCCGUCGGAAACUAUCCACAGUUCGGUAGAGUUGGUUCCGAACAAGAUUCCAGGAGGGAGAUUGCAGCUUUCUUCGCACACGUCACUCAUGAAACUGGACAUUUUUGCUAUAUUGAAGAAAUAAACGGUCCUUCAAGAGAUUAUUGCGACGAAGGUAAUACUCAGUUUCCUUGUAACCCUAGCAAGGGUUACUACGGGAGAGGUCCGAUCCAACUCUCAUGGAAUUACAACUACGGUCCUGCCGGAAGGAGCAUUGGGUUCGAUGGACUAAACAAUCCUGAAAUUGUGGCUACUGAUCCACGCAUCUCCUUUCAAACUGCAUUGUGGUUUUGGAUGAACAAUGUUCAUUCACUCCUAAUUUCGGGCCAAGGGUUUGGAGCCACAAUCCGUGCUAUUAAUGGUGGCGAAUGCGAUGGUGGCAACCCGGCCACCGUAAGUUCUCGUGUUGGGUACUACACUGAAUAUUGUAACCAACUUGGUGUUGCACCAGGCGAUAAUCUUCGGUGUUAGUCGACUUGUAACUAUGUUUUUCGUGCCUAUAGAUACAACAUUGAAGAACAAACUUGGUGUAUCCACUUAGAAAUUCGAUAUCUGUAUUUCUUUUUGUAUCUCACGAAUGUUCAACGUGUAAUAUAUUUAUCUAUAUUCUAUGUAUGUUAAAUCGAUGUACAUCUAUGCACAUCUACAA